AUGGCCUUGACGGGCAGCAAAAUCGCCAUCGUCGGCGCCGGCCCAGGAGGCCUAACAGCUCUCAAGGAGCUGCGUGAGGUCGGCGCAGAUGUCACGCUGUUCGAGCGGCGGCACGAUGUUGGCGGACUGUGGUGCUGGACGGAGGAUACAUCUGUCACGACCGCGUUGAGGGAGACACAAAUUUGUAACAGCAAGUAUUACAUGGCAUUGAGCGACUUCCCAAUGGGGCAGGAGUACGCACCGCACCUCGAUGCUGUCCAGAUGGGCAAGUACCUCAGCGCGUAUGCAGAUCAAUUCGACCUUCGCAAGAACAUCCAAUUCGGAAAGUCCAUCACCAGAUUAGAACGCGACCACAAGAACGCAAAGUGGCUGCUGCACGUGGCAGACGAUCCAAAAUCACCGCAAGCGUUUGACAAGGUCGUCUGGGCUACAGGCCAGUUCCUCAAGCCGAAACUUAUUCACCUUCCCGGGCAGGAGGGAUUCAAAGGGCAAGUGCUACACUCGACGCACGUACGGAAUCUCGCAGACUUCAAGGGCAAGAAUGUCGUAGUCCUGGGCAUGGGCAACACUGCCGCCGACAUCGCCGUCGCGCUGAUCCCUCACGCCAAACAAGUAUAUCUCUCCCACCGCCGAGGAGCCAACAUCAUGUGUAGAACCGAUGCGGACGGCCUGCCGGGCGACCUCUUACAGAAUCCUGUAGUCUGCCAAGUGAUGUGGUGGAUCGAGCAGAACAUGCCCUCACUUUCGGGAAAGCUGCUGGACAUGGUCUUCGAUUCCAACUUCAAGAAGAAGUACGGCAAGGAGGACCCAGCUUGGGGAUUCAGUAAGAAGGCAGGCAUAGGCGACGGCCUGCACACUAUCACUUGCAACGACGGGCUAAUUCCAUCCGUCAAGAACGGCAAGCUGGCGUCCAAGUCAGGUAUCAAACGCAUCACCGGCUCAGCCAGCAUCGAGCUCGACAGCGGCGAGGUGAUCAGCAACAUCGACGCAAUCAUCAUGUGCACCGGGUACUGGAACGACAUGGAGAUGCUCUCGGAAGCCGUCACGUACGCCGAACCUACCAAGACCAACCCAGCACGUCCUCCGAACCUGUACAUGAACAUCUUCCCGCCCAAAUAUGCCGACUCGAUCGCUGUAGCGAGCUUCAAUCACGUCAAUGGCGCACAACCGCCAGUCCGCGAGUUGACAGCAAUGGCUUUGGCGCAGAUAUGGGCCGGCAACUCUUCACUUCCUUCCCAAACGAAAAUGCACGCCUGGAUAGCCAAACACGACGCAUGGCGUCGCCCACGUAUCACGAAAGAACCAAAUCUCCAUCAAGGCGACAUCGUCACCCGCCCAUACAUGUACUUCCUGCACGACGCCGCCGGGACAGACAUGUACGAGCACAUUGGCUGGGGCGCCAAGGCGUGGAAACUGUGGUGGAGUGAUCGGGCGCUGUACAAUGCUUUGGCGUACGGACCAGCGACGGCGUAUGGGCAUAGGCUGUUUGAGACGGGGAAGAGGAGGACGUGGAAGGGUGCGAGGCAGGCGAUUAUCGACACGGCGGCGGAGGUCAAGGAGUUGCAGGCUGCGGCGGGGCAGAAGAAGAAGAAGGCUUGA